UCCUGAAAGCUAUGUUGUCUCUGCGUUUAUCAGUGCAGUAGCGCAUACGUGCACUAUUAUUAAUCCGCGUUGCUCAUUCGCUCUAAAACAAUGCAAUACAAAGUUCUGCCACGGUUCAGACCGCAAACACUUGGAUAUAGUCGCUUAGGAAGUUAGGAACUGAGGAGCGCAGAGAGGCGCAAGGACGCACGGCUGAAACUUCUAGUGCUCAGAGCUUAUACAACUUGGAGAAGGGGGUGGAAAAAGGUCCAAAGCAUCGUGACGGGAAUGUUGCUGAAGAGCAGGUGAGAUCGGAGAAGAACCGAAACGGAAAAUGCAGAAGAGCGUUCGAUAUAAUGAGGGACACGCUCUGUAUCUCUCCGUGGUGGCGCGCAAAGAGGGCACCAAGCGCGGCUACCUCAGCAAGAAGACGACGGAAAACAGCAAAUGGCACGAGAAGUUUUUCGCCCUCUACCAAAAUGUGCUCUUCUACUUUGACUCCGAACAGAGUGCUCGACCCUCAGGCAUUUACCUCCUGGAGGGCUGCACAUGUGAACGAGUCCCGGCGCCUAAAGUGUCCACCGGAGGCAAGGAGACACUGGAUAAACAGCACUAUUUCCUCAUUGUGUUUGGCCACGAUGGCCAGAAGCCUCUGGAGCUCCGAUCUGAAGAGGAAGCAGAGUGUGAUGAAUGGGUGGAGUCCAUCCAACAAGCCAGCUAUUCUGACAUUAUCAUCGAGCGUGAAGUGCUCAUGCAGAAAUACAUUCACCUGGUGCAGAUUGUGGAGACAGAGAAGGUGGCAGCCAAUCAGUUACGCACCCAGUUGGAGGACCAAGACACAGAGAUUGAGAGACUUAAAGCAGAGAUUGUAGCCUUGAACAAAACCAAGGAGAGGAUGCGUCCUUACCAAGUGAACCAUGAAGAAGAUGAUCCAGACAUCAAGAAGAUAAAAAAGGUUCAGAGUUUCAUGCGUGGCUGGCUGUGUCGGAGGAAGUGGAAGAUCAUAGUUCAGGACUACAUUUGCUCUCCUCAUGCAGAAAGCAUGAGGAAGAGAAACCAGAUCGUAUUUAACAUGGUGGAGGCUGAGACGGAGUAUGUCCACCAGCUGUCCAUCCUGGUAAACUGCUUCCUCCGGCCGCUCCGCAUGGCUGCUAGCUCUAAAAAACCUCCCAUUAGCCAUGAUGAUGUCAGCAGCAUCUUCCUCAACAGUGAAACAAUCAUGUUUUUGCACGAGAUAUUCCACCAAGGUUUGAAGGCAAGGAUAGCAAAUUGGCCCACACUGGUUUUAGCCGAUCUUUUCGACAUUUUGCUGCCUAUGCUGAACAUCUACCAGGAAUUUGUGCGGAACCACCAGUACAGCUUGCAGGUUUUAGCGAACUGUAAACAGAACAGGGAUUUUGACAAGCUGUUGAAACAAUAUGAGUCCAACGCUGCAUGUGAGGGACGGAUGCUAGAAACCUUCCUCACGUACCCCAUGUUUCAGAUUCCACGCUAUAUUAUAACUCUGCAUGAACUCCUGGCUCAUACCCCGCAUGAGCAUGUAGAGCGGAAGAGUCUGGAGUUUGCCAAGUCGAAGCUUGAAGAGCUGUCCAGAGUGAUGCACGAUGAGGUGAGUGACACUGAGAACAUCCGCAAGAACCUGGCUAUCGAGCGCAUGAUUGUGGAAGGUUGCGACAUCCUUCUUGACACCAGUCAGACAUUUGUGAGACAAGGCUCUUUGAUCCAGCUUCCCUCUGUGGAGAGAGGGAAGCUCAGCAAGGUGCGACUGGGUUCCCUGUCCCUGAAGAAAGAAGGAGACAGGCAGUGCUUCCUGUUCACCAAGCAUUUUCUCAUCUGUACCCGUAGCUCAGGAGGCAAGCUGCACCUGCUCAAACAAGGUGGCGUACUGUCCCUGAUCGACUGCACCCUCAUUGAGGAACCCGACGCCAACGAUGAAGACUCUAAGACCUCAGGGCAGGUAUUUGGCCAUCUGGACUUUAAGAUUGUGGUGGAACCUGCAGAUGUUCCUGCAUUUACAGUGGUGCUUCUGGCUCCAUCACGCCAGGAGAAAGCAGCCUGGACCAGCGACAUAAGCCAGUGUAUCGAUAACAUCCGCUGUAAUGGCCUGAUGACCAGUGUGUUUGAAGAAAACUCCAAAGUCACUGUGCCACACAUGAUAAAAUCUGAUGCGCGUCUCCAUAAAGACGAUGUUGACAUUUGCUUCAGCAAGACGCUCAACUCCUGCAAGGUUCCCCAGAUCCGCUAUGCCAGCGUGGAGCGGCUGCUGGAGAGGCUGACAGACCUGCGCUUCCUUUCUAUCGACUUCCUUAACACCUUUCUGCACACGUACCGCAUCUUCACCUCCGCUGCUGUGGUCAUGGACAAGCUGGCUGACAUCUAUAAGAAGCCCUUCACCUCCAUUCCAGUCAGGAUCCAUUAUCCUUCAUUUGAUCGCUUGUCCAUCACAUCCUUCUGUCCAGAUUACAGCUUGAAGAUGAGGAAGAUAGCCAUGGACCAAUCAAAGUCCCUGGAGCUUUUCUUCGCUACAAACCAGAACAACCGCUCCGGCAGCACUGGCAGUGAGAACCCCAAUGAGAAAUCUCCUCGUCUAUGCAGGAAAUUCUCCUCACCUCCUCCUCUCUCCAUCCCCUCAUACACAUCCUCUCCUGUGCGAGCACGAAAGCUCUCCCUUAACUCUCCACUCAGUUCCCGGGUGGCUGCACUGGACCUGUCCAACCCUGUGUCCUCCUCUGCUGCCAGCAGCCCCACCUCAGCUAAUCCCUGCACCUCACCUCCUCCAACCAACAUCAAGUCUCCUCAGGAUCCUUCACCUGAGCAGAGUCCUGGUGCCAUUGAUGAGAGUGCAGACACACCACGUAUUGACGCACUCUCUGGAAAACUGCGCCGUAGCAUCCGCAGGGCAGCUGUCCUGGAAUCAGCAUCAAUGGAUAAGGUUAUCCCUGAGUCUCCACAAGGCAGUGAAGCUGGAGAUCUCUCACCCUGCAGAUCACCAACAACACCACGGCACAUGCGCUUCAGAGGUCCUGGAGUCCCAGCAACUGAGAACUCCCGUUGUUCAGUGUCUCCAGCUUCAGCUUUCGCUAUUGCAACAGCUGCUGCUGGCCACAGCAGUCCUCCAGUCUUCAACAACUCAGAGAGAAUGUGUGAUAAAGACUUCAUCAUCCGAAGAGCAGCCACUAACCGGGUUCUGAAUGUCCUGCGCCACUGGGUCUCCAAACACUCGCAGGACUUUGAGCUGAAUAGAGAGUUGAAGAUGGGUGUGAUCAGCCUUCUGGAAGAGGUGCUGAGAGAUCCUGACCUGCUCCCUCAGGAGAGGAAAGCCACCGCAAACAUACUGAAUGCUCUUUCACAAGAUGACCAGGACGAUGCUCAGCUGAAGAUAGAGGACAUUUUGCAGAUGGCUGAAUGCCCAAAGGCAGAGUGCUUUGAGUCGCUGUCAGCCAUGGAGAUAGCUGAGCAGAUCACACUUCUAGACCACAUCAUUUUUCGAAGCAUCCCAUAUGAGGAAUUUCUGGGCCAAGGCUGGAUGAAGAUGGACAAGAAUGAAAGAACCCCUUACAUCAUGAAGACUAGCCAACAUUUCAAUGAUAUGAGUAACCUCGUAGCCUCUCAGAUCAUGAGCCACACAGAUGUAGGCUCCAGGUCGAGCUCCAUAGAGAAAUGGGUGGCUGUAGCUGAUAUUUGCCGAUGUCUGAACAAUUACAACGGUGUCCUGGAGAUCACCUCUGCCCUUAACCGCAGUGCCAUCUACAGGCUUAAAAAAACCUGGGCUAAAAUCAGUAAACAGACGAGAGCACUCAUGGAUAAGCUGCAGAAGACCGUGUCAUCAGAGGGACGAUUUAAAAACCUGAGGGAAACCUUGAAAAACUGCAAUCCACCAUGUGUCCCUUAUCUGGGCAUGUACCUGACAGACCUGGCGUUUAUUGAAGAAGGAACCCCGAACUUUACUGAAGAGGGUCUGGUCAACUUCUCAAAGAUGAGAAUGAUAUCUCAUAUUAUUCGCGAGAUCCGACAGUUCCAGCAAACUCCUUACAGAAUAGAGCAUCAGCCGAAGGUCACACAGUACCUGCUGGAUAAGGCCUUGAUCAUGGAUGAAGACACCCUGUAUGACUUGUCUCUAAAGAUCGAGCCCAGGCUUCCUGCUUGACCCGCAGUCUCGACACAUGGACCUCUGAUUAUUAAACAUGCUUCACUUUCACCAGGCUUUACUGAUGCCACGAUGUUUGCCAUGGUAAAGCUUUAUCGGUGUGGAGGAUAUGGAGUCAAUGAAGAGAAGCAGAAAGUCGUAGUUUGAAGUUUUCUAAAGAUAAAUAAGAAGUCGACUGCCACUGUGUUGCACGUCAAGGACUGGGAGUGUUCAGGUGAAAGCAGCGAACAUGUGGUGAUGAGCGGAGAAGAAAUGUAGCAUGUACAGCAGCAGAACUCUAUGGUGGAGGAGAGUGCUUCAAGUACUAUUCUCUCAUGCUGGUACCUUUGUGCGUGUUUAAGACCGUGGGUUCUGUCUUUCACCGUCGUCUCUCCAAGUCCAAUGUGUGUCCGAGCCACAAAGUAAUUGAGGACAUGCUUGGUACUUCCAUUUGUUUGUCAGUUUGCCAGUCUUACCGCAUUUAUGUCUGUAUUUUGCCACAGUUGCAGUUAAACCAAAACACUAGAUUGUUGUCAGAGGAAGCAUGAGGAAUGUACAGUAGCGCUUUCCAGUUUCUAGCAGGUCACAGAUUACAUUUUAUGGAGAUGUCACUUCAUGAAAUGUUUUCUGUUUUGUUUUUGAUCCACUUGAAUGACAUAAUGAUAAUUUAGUAGAAUGUUAUAAAAAUGUAUCAUUAGUUAAUAAUUACGUACAUAAUACCAUACAUAAUUAUAGAAUAUUGAUUAUUACUGAGUGUGUAUAGGGUGCCUUCUUGACACAGUUCAUAAAUAUUUCUAACAAUGCGAGUACAAUUUUAGCCAUGCUAUCAACCUGAUAAUCAUACAUUCCUAAAUGAUGUCAGAUCCUGAUUUUUGAACUUUGCUUUAAAAAUAUUCAAGCAUUCCUGGUUGGAUUUGGAUCAUAAUAUUCUAAAAAGAAAAAAAAAACACGCUGAAAAGAAAAACUAAUAGCCAUUUUUAUAUAACAUGGCAGUAGCUCAGAUGGUCUGCUGGUGUACACAAUUUAUAAUCCCCUAUUUAACCUCCUCAAAUCUGUGCACACAACUACUGUACCACAGCUGAGCAGUUUAUCUGGCUGUUCGUAAUCUAAUAAUGUCUAAUAUCUAAUAUCAAUAAUUAAUAAUAAUAUUAAUCUAUUUACUCUAUUUAUUAUAUGUAUAUAUGUAUAAUACUAUAUUUAAUAUGGGGCUGAGAAAUUGUGUUUAACAAGAGAUGACACUGCAGAAUUCACCUUUAUGAACCUGAUCCAAUGUCUACUGACUGCAAGAAGGUCUAUAAACAAAUAGUGUAUUGUUAUCACUCAUUGAAAAGGUGAUAUAAAGAUAUGAAAUUUAUUUUAGAAAUAUCUUAGGGUGGAGGUCAGAUUGUAGCAUUUCAUUAAGCACAGAAGUAAUGCUUAGGUCAUUUUGCACUUUGUUGUUAUUAUUAAAGCUGAUGACAUGAUGAAUGCUAAUCUAAGGAUGGCUGAUUCAGAGAAAUAUUUCAAUUCUAAAUGCAGAAUGGACUAAAUCCAAACUGGUUGUUGUUAACACCACUGAUUUGGGGUAGCUGCUCGAUUUCUUUCACUACGUUCCACUAAAGUGGUUGUGUCAGUCCUUUAAUUGUUUUGCAUGCAACAGAUCAUGUUUGCAUGCUUAAAGACUACAUGAAAGAUGUACUGUGUUGAUGUUUCACAGCUGUAUAGUCUUUCUUCAAACCUCAGAAGAACAACAGAUGACUUUCCAGUGGACUGCACAUUUCUUUUCACCCUUUAUGCUCAUGAAAACUGGAAGUUUCAUAUGCAUAUGCUGGCAGAGAGCUGUCAAUCUGGCCAUAAAUAUAUUAUCUACCACUGUGCUAUACGAAGACAAUAUUAUAUUUGUCGGACAAAAUUCGAUUUAAUUUGAUUUCUCUUGUUUGAGUGUGUGGUUGUAUACAUUGAAGAGAAAAGAGGAAAGUUAUAGUAGUGUAUGGGUUGCAUUUUCAGCAAUGUAGCGUUGCUUACCUGAGUGUGUUACAGUAAUAUUUAUUUCCACACCUAUUUAUUUGAGCUUUUCUGUAUAUAGUAUGUCACACACAGGAUUAUGUUAUGGUGGUUUUUAUUAUAAAUAUGAUACUUUGAUUUUGCAAUGAUUUUUCCAAGCACUUCUAGUGUACUGUUCCACUUUGCAAAAUCAGACAAAAGAAAUGUAGCAUAUCUGAUUGGAUUUGUCAUUUCUAAUGCUUUUUUUUAAUUACCAGAUGUAUGUAAUGUGCAUCUUGGCAUUGCAUUGCUGUUGUGCGCUGCAUGUUGGUGCAUGUCUAAGCUGGACAUGUAUGUAUAGCUUCAGCACCACAGAUCCAGUCUUUCAUUUGAAAUAAAACUUCAUGCUCAUUGGGAA